CCCCUGCCGGCUCUUCCAGGAAAACAGAUUCCCACAAAGACCAAGAGGUAAAUUAUGUAGGAUUAUUGGGGAAAUGUUACUUAAGGGGACAGCCAGCAGUAGAUGGCUGCUCUUGACUGCCAGAUCUGUCAGAGCCAACUAGCAGGAGUCAGCAUCUCCCAUUGUUAGCCCUGUCUAUCUGAGGUCAUCAAAAGGGUUGCAUACAAAAGGACAAGACUGCAAGUCCCAUGCGCAGUGUGCUGAUGGUCGCUCCAUCACUCCAUUAAGGGUCCUUGAUCACUUCUGGUCUUCUUGGUGGUGUGAAUCUGUGACGACGGCCAAGAGCCAUUAAAGAGGACUGGAUCUGAGAAGAGAAAGCUGGGCAAAUACUAACGGUGCUGGAAAGAUGGGAGCUCUGUAAAUCCAGCUCGAGACACAGCAUGGAAGAAAGCCUGCAGUAGAGAGCCAUUUUAGCCUAUGGGCCCGAUCCGAGCUCCACUGCUGCAAGCUGAGGGCAGGUUAGAGCCUGCCCUGCCAUUGGGAAGUGUCUAGUGGUGCCGAGAUGGACGAUCCCAGCUGAGCUCCAUCGUUGCAGUUGCGCUUCCUCGUCACGCCGCACGCUGCUCUCCCGAGCUUUACCGGGGUCCCGGCCAAGGAAUGAUCCAGACGAGCUACGUGUAAAGUUAAGUGCUUUGGAUUUCCAGCUGGGAGUUGAAAGGCGACCCUGGCCUUGAUACCAAAGUGAAACUCAGAUGUCUACCCAGUGAAGAGUAAAGGGCAAGCAUGGAUGGUCUCCUCCUGUUACCACUCUUAUUCCACGUUUCAGGUGCCAUGAACGGGCCCCGGCUGUUGACGGCGGGGGUUGGAGAAUCAGUCACCGUCCCAUGUUUGUAUCCAAAGACUCCAGCCAACAGACACGACCGGAAGUUUUGGUGUAAAAUGUCAGCCACCAAAGUGUGCAACACCAUCAUUUCUACCAACAGUUACACCUCCGACGAGUACAAAAACCGAGCAGAAAUCACUGACUUCCCUCAUAACAGCACAGCCAUGCUGCGAAUGACCAACCUGAGGAAGAACGACAGUGGGAUUUACAGAUGUGGCAUCGGCAUUACCAACAGAGGCUUAUUUAUCAGCGUAAACCUCACGGUGUUGGACGAUCCCGCCGUGCCAAAAUCACCAGAGCUGGUGCUUGGGGAGCCCAGAGGAUCAGUGACAAUCCAAUGUCCCACGGAAAACGUCAAAGGCAGUGAAAGGAGCUUUUGGUGUAGACUGGGAAAAAAUGGCUGUUCUCUCAUAGCAGACACGGACGGUUACGUGAGCAAGAAUUACGACGGGAGAAUCGUCAUCACCCACCAGGAGAGCUCUGGGACUUUUAACGUCUUGAUAAAUGGACUAAAACCAGAGGAUUCUGGGCUGUAUAAGUGUGGGACAGGAACGCCAAGCGACUCCAGAGACACGGAAACCAUAGACCUGCAGCUCACUGAAGAUUCAGCCAUCCCCAAGCAAUUGAGGCACUUGAGUGGAGUUGUAGGUGGCUCGGUGUCCGCUACGUGCCGCUACGAUCCCCAAAAGAAUUACGAGACGAAAUACUGGUGCAAGUGGGAGAAGGCACAAUGCAGCCUCGUGGUGGACACCCGUGGAUUUGUAGAUGAUGCAUUUAAAGGAAGAACAAGGAUAGUCAGCGAUAACCAGAGAAAAGGAACGUACACAAUAGUGAUGAGCCACCUGAGAGAAAAGGAUGAAGGAUGGUAUUGGUGUGGGGCUAAAGGUGGAAACCCGGAGCAGACAUCUUCUGUCAUGUUAUACGUCGAAAAUGAGUCACAGACCUCUGCACCUGCCAGCCCCAAAACAGCCGCAAGAGCCAAAGGAGCAGCAACAGUAUCAGUAGCAGCAACUACAAGUGCUAAAGGAGCAGCAACAAGGCCAGCAGCAGCAUCUACAGGAGCCAAAGGAGCAGCAACAGUAUCAGUAGCAGCAACCGCAAGUGCUAAAGGAGCAGCAACAAGACCAGCAGCAGCAUCUACAGGAGCCGAAGGAGCAGCAACAGGGUCAGCAGCAACUGUAGCAGCAGCGACAAGAGCACACGGAGCAUCAACUCCUGUCCUCCACAGCAUCCCCAAUCGCAUAAACAUCCCAGACCACACAUACCCUGCACGCACAGGUACCGAGAAGCCUUUGGGAACAGCGACCACUGCCAGCAGACUUGUAACUUCCAGUCAGGAAGCCCACAGCGAAAGUUCAUCAAGCGGCUCACCGUUCCUUUCAGCUGUGUUACCAGCUCUCCUGGUGCUGCUGCUUCUUGCUGGUAUUGUCGUCCUUAUUAAAGUAAAGCUGCAAAAGAAGAGAAACGCCGGACAGGCCGGGAGGAACCUUGAAACUGCCCCCAUCUUAAUUGACUUAAAGGAACUUCAAAAGAAUAUGACAGAGGAUGACGUGCGAACAACCAAGUGGAAGCUGAGCCUUCAAAAAACUCUAGUGGUUGGGAGCCGUGAAAAUGUUGCAUUUUCCCAACUCCUCAUUCGGGUUUCUGCCCCUUGGAAGAGCCCGGGGCAUGAAAGAAAAAUGACUUUCCUAGUGUUCAUCUUCUUGCUCGCCUUCGUCCAGACUGAGGCUAUAGGAAGUAAAAGUACCAUAUUUGGACCAAGGACUGUGACCGGACUGGUUGGAGGAUCGGUUACAGUGCAAUGCUUCUACCCGGACACCUCUGUAAACAGGCAUGACAGGAAGUACUGGUGCAAAGAAUCAACAAGGCGAUGCGAGACAAUAGUUUCUUCCAAUGGCUAUGUUCAUCCUAAAUAUCAAGACAGAGCAAACCUCACCGACUACCCCGACCGAGGCAUCUUUGUCGUGACCAUGUCUAACCUGCAACAGGAAGAUGAGGGCUCUUAUAAAUGUGGCAUUGGUAUAACUAUUAGGGGACUCAACUUCAGAGUUGAAGUGGAUGUGAUUCAAGAAUCACCUCUGCCUAGCGAAGCCCAACUCUUCUACGUUGAGCAGGGAGGUUCUGUGACCAUGGACUGUGACUUUGGUGAGCAAUACGCUAGCGAAAGGAAAUACUUGUGCAAGAUGGGGAAAACGGGCUGCUCCCCUGUGAUCGACACGUAUGGAGUUAUCGGUGAGCCCUACAAAGGGAGAGCGUUGCUGACCAAUCAGCAAACUCCAGGGUCAUUCCGCAUCAUUAUAGGCUACCUGAAGCCAGAAGAUUCAGGGAUCUAUUUGUGCGGUGUUGGGAACUACGGGGGAAAAGCCCAGGAACUGGAUUUACAUGUCUAUGUAGGAACACCUGUUCCCCAGGGGCCACAUGUAGUAAAAGGAGUCAGAGGUGGUUCUGUAGCUGUUGAAUGCCACUAUGAUCCACGAGGGACGUACACAGUCAAGUACUGGUGCAGAUGGAGGAAACAGGGAUGCACUGACAUAAUAACGAGUGAUGGGUUUGUCACAGAAGCAUACGAAGGACUGAUAGCCAUGUACGAUGAUACGAAAAAUGGAACAUUUACCAUAAUAAUGAAUGACUUGAAAGACAGCGAUGCAGCGUAUUACUGGUGUAUGACAGCUGGAGACAAGGAAAGGAAAGCUUCCAAGGAGCUGAAGAUUGUAAAUGGGUCGCCUGGGUUAACGGGAGAGAAGGAAGUCAUUGCAGUGAUUGGUGCACCCCUCACUCUAAGUUGCUCUUAUCCGUGCAAAUACUAUUCCUUUCAGAAAUUUUGGUGCAAGUGGAAUAAUACUGGCUGCCAGCCUCUCAUCUCAUAUGAGCAAAACCAAACCGGCCUUGCUGUUGACUGCAACCAGGACAACAGAACCUUUUCCCUCAAAUUUGACCACGUGGCACAGACAGACCAGGGGUGGUAUUGGUGUGGAGUGAGCCGCAAUGGUCGCUAUGGGGAAACGCUGGCAGUGAACGUGAAAGUACAAGGAGCAAUCCCUAAAACUGCAGACGAAGGACCGAUAGACAAUACUAAUCUCCGUGAAGACACUGGAAAUCGUGCUACUCUUGAACGUGUUGUUCCUGAAGACAGAGCAGUACAAGUAGACUCUGAAAAAAGCUCUGGACAAAGUCAAGUGCUUGUCCCAGUUCUGGCUGUUAUUGGUGGUCUGCUCCUGAUCCUGGCUUUGGCUUUUGCUGUGUUUAGAUAUAGGACCCUGAACAGAUCAGACCUGGUAUCAGUUGGAAGCUACAGGACUAACAUCAGUAUGUCAGAGUUUGAGAAUGCCAAAGAGCAUGGAGCAAAUGAUAACGCAUGUAUGAGAGAGACUCAGGAGACCCAGAUUGGGGGAAUGGAUGAGUUCAUAACUACUGCUGGCACUGAAGAGGUAGAGGAGCCAAAGAAGGCAAAAAGGGGAUCUAAGGAGGAGGCUGAUGUUGCCUACAGCACGUUCCUACUUCAGACAAAAAGCAUUGCUCAGGAACAUACUGCUGACAACAGUAAUACUUAGCAACUGAACGCCUAAGGUGACCUGGUGUAACUGUUUCUGAAGAAGAUACAAGCAGGAAGUCCUUAUGAUUGAAGACAACACUAUCUGCAUAAUCACUUAGCACCAGAUCAGCUAGCCACGCCAUUUAUUACUGUGACAAACAUGUCAAUGCAUUUUGAUCACUUAGUACUGCAAGAAUGUCUUACUCCAGCAUUGAGAGAUGAUUUAAUGGGGAUGUUUUGGUUCAAAACUGGGUUGGUUUGGGGGAGAUGAACUCUCAAAAUGCUGCUGGUUUUUUUGUUUUUUUGUUUUUAAGGGUAAAGGGCCUUGGUGUUUAGCAACUUAAUGAAAUAAAAAUAUCUUUGAUUUUUGAUAGUCCAAAUAUAGGUCUUUCCAAGUUUACCAGGUCACUGCGAUGGCAAAGGGCUGAAAAUGUACUUAAGGAUUUCAUCUGAUCUUAUACCAACCUGGAAAUAUUUUAGAUCAAUGUGACACUCCUUUGAUUCCUGUGAGCUUUUCUAAUCAAUAGGGCACUGACUAUAUGCCGGACAAGUAGCCUGAAAUUUUUGUAUUCUCAACCAAUAAAGACUGAUUGGCUUCUAGCAGAUCA